AUGACUAGCACUGCUCUAGCUCGUUAUGCUGUAAGUCGCCCAUUACCCAAAUUUCAACGUGACACUGAUGCGGAGUCUAGUGCGAUUACUGCAGGCACAAGAAGUUCAGGUAUAGCCCGUCUCCGGUCCCAGGAUAUCAAAUCUGAUUUUGUCAGAUGCACAAGGGAGCUUCCCAAAUGCGGAGAAUGCAAGCCAUGGCCUGUUCCGUGUAACUAUUCACGGGAUAUUCCGGAUACUGGUACCAGUUCGACAACCACAGCUCCUUUGACAAAUACUAAGAAAUCCAAUGAUGUUCAACUUCGACUACAAAACAUUGAGAAGGCAAUCCGAGACCUGACUGAUGUCGUUAACAAAGCGGUGGUCGCCAUAAACGAGGUCUCAUCGACUUCGCAGAAGGAGGAAUUAAGCUUUCACACUACUCCAGCUGAACCCGACGAUUCAACUUCCAGAUUCGACCGGAAGUUUAUCUACAUCACUUCACCACAAUGCUGCCAGCGAAUUACAGUUUCUAUCGACUUCAUUGACUACAACAGAAAAUUCCUAGAAAGCGUCUGCAUGGGUGAUGCAUUCUUCACGGCACCAUCCGAAGAGCUCGUUCUCCAAGUAAUAUUCAAACCCGAAGGAGUUUCACGAAAAGCUUGGAUCGUGUAUAUCAACUAUAUGAUUCUUGCAAUGCUAUCGGAGGAUCAAAGCACAGAAGCAAAGGGCUUUCGACACAACGUCAAGCUAGCCCUAAAUGACAGCAAGAUCUUCCUCGAGCCACACCUCGUACAUCUACAGACUCUCAUUUUACUAGCCAUCCAUGGAGAAGAUUAUGCUUCUCCAAGUCUGUCGUGGAUGCUUGUGGGUCAUGCGUGUCGCCAGGCCGAGGCACUGGGACUUCACUUGUCUACCGAAUCAGACUCCGAGACACAUCAGAGACGAUUGAGUUUAUUCUGGAUGCUAUUUGCUGUCGAUAAGUCUUGCUCAUUAGCAUUUGGCCGCCCUUGCUUCCUUCCGUCUACAACAUAUGCCAAAGUUGCGCUCCCGGAUCUGGGGCACUUAACACGUUUUCAGCCUCGAUCUGAUUCCGCAGAUGGGCGAGCACAAUCAUCUAUCUUCGGAGCCCAUAUGUUCCUCGCGCGAAUGGAACUUGCAAGUUUGGAGGGUGAUGUUCUAUAUUUGGUCAACAGCGAAGUCCUAGGGACAAGUAGGAACCAGUUAAGAGAAGAUCUGACGGAAUGGCAUACUCGAACAAAUCAGGUCCUUCACAACAUCUUCAACACAGAAAGAGCUUUAUCGAGUCCGAAUCAGCUGAGAGAAAUGUCACUGGGCAUAAGCACCAUGAAUUUUGAGUAUCUACAUGUCUUCAUGGUUCUCACUAGGGCUGAUGCAUCUUGUGUGGGCUCAAGACUUGACGCUGCACGAGAGGCUAUCUCCCUUCUUCCAUCAUUAGUUUCUAAUUGGACGUCCAUUUACAAUCCUAUGACCUGGCAUCUGCUUUACUUCCCUUUCAUACCAUUCUUCGUCAUAUUUGAGGAUCUGGUGAAAGGUCGUGCGUCUAGAACUACAACUACAAAACAGCACGACAUCGAGCUUUUGUCAACAACAGUUUCGUACUACUCUAGUUUACGCGAUCAGUUCCAGCUACUGGCCCCUCUGUGUGAACGCCUCAAGAACAUUGCAAACGUGUUCCGCCGCUUUGCUGUCGUUCUAGCUGGAGACAGGGGCACUUUGGGGAAGGACAAAGAGUUGCUUCAAAAGUUUCCCGGUGACGGUAUAUCGCACACCAGGACUUUGGAUAGCAAUUUCUCCAUGACUUUUAAAGAAAUUCAGGCUGAGCUCGCCGAUGAGAUCGGCGAUGAUUUGAAACAGUAUCUGGAGUGGCUCCCGUCAGAUAUACUUUGUGUUCCAUCUGGAUCACUGGGGGAUGUAUCCAGCGGGAACAUGACCAAAGAGACGGUUAACAAUUUUCCAUCCAGUGCACAAGUGGAAGGACCGCGCGGUACGAAGCGUCCUUUCGACGUCAUGUUUGACUGGUUUGCUUGGGAUUCUUAG